AGCCCAGUUGAAAAGCCUUGAAAUUGCUCCGUCUUCUUCAAAAAAAUUUCUUUUUCCCGCUCCGAAUCGUUCUCAGUCCUCAUUUCUUCUGAAAACCUAGAACGAGAAAUUGAGAUCAAGAGUUGAGUGGUUUUUGGAUGGGAGAUCUCAGUGUGAGAGUGGAUAUACAAAAGCUUCUUUCUUUUGGCGAUGACCUAAUUGGAGUACUCAACAAUGAAAAGGAUGUCGAGAGCUUGAAGCAAUCCAUGGAAGGGGGAAAGAUGCUUGGUGCUGCAACUCAGGGGGAUGCUCAACAAGUUCAAGCGUCGUUAGAAGAAUAUCAGAAAAGAAUUGGUGUAUGCAAAGAAAAUAUAGACAAAACAAAGAGGGGAACUGUUCCUGAUGCAGAAAUAGAACACCUUCAAAGUGAAUUGGAAGAGAAACUCCAAAGAGAAAGCUCACUCUGCGAAGAACUAAGAGCAAUUCAUGAGGAGCUUGAUGGCCUAGAACGUCAGAGAGUUUCCAUUGAAGAACAGAAAGAACUAGUGAAAAAAAGAGAAAAAGAUUUGUUGAGGGCACAGAAUCUACUGUCCAUGUGUGCUUCAGUAACAAAUAUCAUCCCAAUAUUAGAUGAUCAGACCAAGAUCUCCGGCUUUGUUGUAGACAGAAACAUGAAGAGAGCUGAGAAGUUCGAGCUCGAUAACGAUUUACCCUCAUAUGAGACGAGCAACAGGCUGUGGGAAAUGGCUAGCAGUGGCUGAUUUUUUAAAUGUUCCUUAUCAAAUGUAUGUAUCUGACAUUUUACCACCGUUUAAGGCUCUUGUACUUUUAAUUUAAACGUUAAUGAUACUUUUUUAACGUUCUGUGUGAAAAUGAGUUUCCAAGAUUAGAUUACUUGAA